AUGCAGUUCCGGUGCGAGGAUGAAUUAAAGGCGGUCAUGGACUUCGAGCUGAGGGGCGUUUUAGACAAUUGCUAUAUGCGCACAAGCGUGGCCGGUCUUGUGCGGGACGAAGCGCUCACAAGGCUCGACAACAAUAUUCCGGCAGAGGGCAGGGUUUUGAAUUUUUACUUUGAUGUGUUGGUAGAUAACCAACAUAUUGAUUACGCAGAAAUUGAUGAUGAGGAAUGUUAUCUCAUGAUUCCGGCAGCGGAUUCAUCGAUAAUGUCGUCAUUGAAGAGGGUGGCCGUUGAUUCUGAUCGGAAUAUUAGUUGCUCGAUUUGUUUGGAAGAUCUGUCGUCGGGCGGCGACAAUGAUUUUGAAGAAGCGUUAAGCAUGCCGUGUUUGCAUAUUUAUCACGACUACUGCAUCAAGAAGUGGCUGAGCACUAGUCAUUGUUGCCCACUCUGCCGCUUUGAAAUGCCAACCACGAAUCAGAUAGAUAGAUAG